AUGCUGGCCCGAGAGAACAGAGAGGGCGCCAUAGAUUCAGCAUCGCCAUCACCGCAAAAGAAACCAAAAGCAGCAAGGAAAUCCGUCGCUGCUGUUAUUCUAGCGUCUGGGACAGCUGCAUCAGUUGGAUUAUCAUCAUUCUUUGGUGCAUUACGACAAAAGGAGCAGCCUAACGCCUCAUCAUCUGCUUCCAUAACCUCGUCACAAACUCGCACUUCGAGAUUCGGAACAUCCUCUUCCCGUCGUGACAGAAGAGCUCAAUCCCUAUACGUUCUCCCAGAUCACAGAGACGGACUAGCUGCAUCUAUAGAAUCUUCCCAACCCAGAAAGCCGCCAAGAAAUCGCUUCUCCUUUGACCUGGGCGCAUUAGGUCGACCUUCAACAAGUGCUACCAUAAGCAGUGAAGAAUCGACGACAUCAUCUCGUAAUAGUAAAGACGGUCAUCGUACUAGCAUACCGCUUGGAUUUAGGAAGCGAGCAACGACACUUGUUGGAGCUAAACCGCCGCUGGCACCCAAAGCAGGAUCUACCGUAUCGUUUGGACCAUCAACAGCUAUAAAUACUAGUAAUAGCCAUCAAGCACCAUCCUCAUCGUCUGGUGGUAGUAGCAGUGCCCAUUCACUUCCAUCCAGAUCAAACUCAAUUCACAACCGUUUAUCAGCUACCGGUGGAUUGCCUCGUCUACCAAUGUCAUCAACAACUAGAGAAACAGAUCCCACUAUAUUCGAACAGCCCCUGCUGACUGAAUUACGUGUCGGAUCGGCUCCAUCGGCUAUAAUACACAGUACACCCAUUCUAGAUGCUUUGAUGGCUGAUGAGGAUGACGAAACCUAUGUAUCGUCAUCGGUCAGAGCUAAAGCUAGGGAUCGACGAAUGAAGGAGUUAUCAAAACUGGAAGCGGAUUAUGCUGCCGAGUCAUGGGAUGAGGACUUUGAUAUAGAUGUUGAUGGUGGGCAAGUGUUGAAUGUUCCUACGUCAGUUACCAAUUCGCAGGAUACGUUGAGAAUAGAUAUUGCCAAUGUGCGGAAGUUUGCAUUGCAUAUUGAAGACCUCAAGUUCUUAUAUGCAGAGUCGAGACAAAUCAUUGACAAAGUGACGGAAGAGAACCGAGCAAAAGUACAAACCCUGACAGAAUCAUAUGCCAAGGACGUAGAACACGCAUUAUUCCUGAUAGAUUUGGCCGAGUCAGCCGAAGAGAGUGACGACUCAAUAACACCAACUGAUGCACAACGACGAGUCCUGUAUGAAAUAUUACAACUAGAUCCCUCAACAAUAAAACGACCAUCAACCACAAGUCGAAGUAGACGCCACCAUACACCAUCAUCCUCAUCGACCACUGCACUAGCGAAUCUGAAUGCUGCAUGGUCGGCAGCCGCUGCAAACAUGACCCCAACCACAACCUCAAAUAUUGGUGGUGGUGUAGCUCCUCUAGUAUUCAGCACCGCAACAACAACUCUACCAACUAUAAGUAACAGUAAUAGUGCCCAAUCCCUUACCGCACUGUCACAAGUAGCACCAUUGAUACCAUUCUCAGCAACACCCAAACCAGAAAGUCAACCGCCAUCUCCAGUGAUAGCUCGUGAACGAUCAAGGUCGUCGUCGGGGUGGUCUACACCUACAUCUGGAAGCAGGACACCGGCAAACAGGACGCCGGGAAACCAUACACCACCAGAAUUGUCGAUGAAUGAGCUUGCCAUGAUGCACUUUGGAGUAGAAUAUAUGCCUCAACUACUUAAAGCUCUUGGUAAUGUAAAGUCCCGUAUGACUGAGUAUUUAGGAGAGAUGAGAGAAGCUUCUUUAAUUAUAUAA